UUUCCGGCAUCACAAAGAGCGAUGGCACAUUGCUGUCCUACGUUGUCAGUCAACGUGUGUGUAUACUCCCGGGUUGUUUUUCUUGUGGACCCCUUCCUUUCUGUGCGUUUCCGUGUUCUCGCAGCGUGAUCAGAGAACUGAUCAUGCAGAUCUUUGUAAAAACUCUUACGGGAAAGACCAUCACCCUUGAGGUUGAGGCGUCUGAUACAAUCGAAAAUGUGAAGGCGAAAAUUCAGGACAAAGAAGGAAUUCCGCCAGAUCAGCAAAGAUUGAUUUUUGCUGGUAAGCAAUUGGAAGAUGGCAGGACAUUGUCGGACUAUAAUAUCCAGAAGGAAUCUACGCUGCACUUGGUAUUGCGCUUGCGAGGCGGUGCCAAGAAGCGUAAGAAGAAGAACUACUCAACCCCCAAAAAAAUCAAGCACAAGAAGAAGAAGGUCAAGCUUGCCGUACUCAAAUACUAUAAGGUAGAUGAAAACGGAAAGAUCCACCGUUUGAGGAGAGAAUGCCCCAUGGAGCAGUGUGGUGCCGGUGUAUUCAUGGCAGCAAUGGAAGAUCGCCAUUAUUGCGGAAAAUGUGGAUACACACUUGUAUUCAAUAAACCAGAGGAGAAAUAAAUUCACAAGAUAUAUUUCCACGUACGCAUUCUGUAAAUGUUACGUUCUUCUUAUCUUACUUGAUUUGAUUAAGUAAUUUAAUCAAAAUAAAUAACGUUAAUUCUCCAGACAA